GUAUCUACCAACUUGAUCUUUCGCUCGUUUUAAAGAGAGACUUCGGCAUGAGCCAGCCUACUAUCUUGGACCGACUUUCGGUGUUCGAUACCAACACAAUUUCCGAUGCUUUGGAUUUUCUUGAUCUCAGAGGAGCCACAUUCGGCCUCCGGCCGCUUUGGAAUUGCACAAAAAUGGUUGGACGCGCCAGCACCGUGGAAGUGGCGGCCAAAACUGAUGCAGCUCCCACAGUUCACUUGAUCACUCCUGUCAUUGACGCUGUAACGACCGAUGAUCGCAUUCUCGUCAUCUCUGGCGGCGUAGAAGGCGUUUCGUGCUGGGGUGACAUUUUGGCAAACGCCUCAAAGCGAAAAGGAAUUCGUGGAACAGUCAUUGACGGCAUGAGCCGUGACAUCGAUGGUAGCAGCGAAGUUGGUUAUCCAGUGUACGGCCGUGGAGUUACGAUGAUUAGUGCUCGGAAUCGAUUGGUCCAGAUUGGGUCCGGAAAGCCGGUGCAGAUGCGAGGCGUAACAGUCAACCAAGACGACUAUGUGAUCGCAGAUAAUUGUGGCACAGUUUUCAUUCCAGCCCAACGUAUUGAGGAUGUUCUCGAGCUGGCCGGCAGUAUAGAGCACCGCCAGACCUUGAUGGUCAACUCGGUGCGUGCCGGACAACGUGUGUCCGACGUUAUGCACGACAAAGAAUUUGAAAUCAUUCUUCGGAACGACUCAGAGGCAAAAGUCACUGAGUCUGGUACAGCAUACACCAGCUUCAAUCCCAAAAAGCCUUCCAUCGAGGAUACAGAGUUGGUGGCGCUAUUCAAGAAUUCCGACACUCCAAGUGUUUCUGACGCCCUCGACAAGCUGGGGAUUCAUGGACAGGCUUUUGGCAUUCUGCCUCUAGCUAACUACAAGGGAGUUACUGUUGGGCCAGCUUUUACUGUACGUUAUGUACCAGCUACCGAUCCUCCCGGCAGUGUCGGAGAUUUCAUUGACGACGUUGCCAUUGGCGAUUUUGUUGUCAUUGACAAUAGUGGUCGCACAGAUUGUACUGUUUGGGGAGACAUAAUGACCCAGUAUGCUGGACUAAGAGGAAUUGCUGGAACUGUCAUCGACGGCGUAUGUCGAGAUGUUAACCGCGCGAUUGAGGACGCUUAUCCACUCUUUACAGCUGGACGCUGGAUGCGAACGGGUAAAGAUCGGGUUCAAGUAGCUGAUACCAACGAGCCUAUUGGUAUAGGUAAGGUACGUGUGAAUUCGCGGGACAUCGUUGUGGCCGACGCAAAUGGUGUUGUGAUAGUUCCUCGUAAUCGUGCGCAUGCGGUAGCUGAAGCAGCGCAGAGGAUCGAGAAGAGCGAAGAAUCUAUACGAGAUAUGAUAGGCAGAGGAGCUACUAUUGCGGAAGCACGUAAAACUUCAGGCUAUCAUACAUUACAGCGACGACGAAAGAAUGCAGAUUCUUAG